AUGUCAAUGCAAAGUUUGACAUCGAAAUCACGACGGGUCGAAGAUGUUGUUGUUGAAGGAUGGUUGCACAAAAAAGGAGAACACAUCAAAAAUUGGAGACCAAGGUGAGAGUUUUAUUUUAUUUUUCCAAAUUAAAAAAAUCAAAAUUCAAUUAGAAAUGACUAAUAUUCUAUAAAUCAAUCAAAAAAAAAUUGUUUUUCAUAAAAAUUCAACUACCGUAGUCUUGAUCCUAUAAGAUUUCUUCUACUUAAUCCGGAUAUACUAAUCCGCUUUACGAAUUUAUCAUCCGGAAAACAAAAAAAAUCUAAUCGGAAAUGCGAAAACAACUUUGAAAAAUUCACAUUUCGCACUAUUUUUAUAAUCACAAGAGUACUGUAGUUCGCACGUGAACUCCAAACACGGCGACGCGAAAAUGCACAUAAUUUUUUUUUCAAUUUUCAUUUCGGGGUUUUUUCACGCAAAAAAGCAGAAACUCAUCUAUUGCUUCUAAAAUAAUUAUUUCCAGGUAUUUUGUACUUUUCUACGAUGGUGCUCUACUUGGAUUCCGAGCAAAACCAAAAGAUCCUGGAACAUUCCCCGAACCACUGAAUGAUUUUAUAAUCAAGGAUGCACAAACUAUUGCUUAUGACAAACCACGACCAAAUAUGUUUAUGAUUCGAUGUCUUCAAUGGACAACAGUUAUUGAAAGAACAUUUUAUGCAGAAACUUCAGAAGUUCGACAAACGUGGAUGAAUGCGAUUGAUGCAAUUUCUGCGCGUUAUAAAAAAUCACAGAAUGAAGAUACUAUGGAUACGGUAUGUUGAACUUUAUAAAAGUUUACUCGGCCUCUCCGGUUAACGUGCCCACCUGUGCCUAUUCAAAUUCAUUUUUAUUAUAUAAAAAACAGAUACACCCAGACUCAAAAGUACAAAUUGAUCUACCCAAAAAACACUUUAUUCUCAUUUUAUCUUCUCAUAAACCCGCUAAUUUUUGCAGAUCUCUCUAAGCCAAGAACCAUCGACAGUUGACGAAUCAAGUGAAUAUUCGGGAGCUGCGCAUGCAAUAAUUGGACAACCAUCAAAUAGUCACGGUGAAGGAGCAGUUGAUUUACGUGCUUCAAUGAUGAGUAUUGCCGAUACAAGUGAUGCUGCCAGGCGAGAUCGAAUUGUGAGUUGAUUUUUUAUGAGAAUUUAAAUUUUGAUAAAUUACUGAAUUUCAGACAAUGGAUGAUUUCGAUUUCUUGAAAGUUUUGGGAAAAGGAACCUUUGGAAAGGUAAUUCUUUGUGUUGAGAAACGAACAUCCAAACUUUAUGCAAUAAAAAUUCUACGAAAAGAAGUCAUCAUUGCUCGAGAAGAAGUUGCUCAUACUCUCACUGAAAAUCGAGUUCUUCAACGAUGCAAACAUCCAUUCCUCACGGUUCGUCCACUUUCUCACUUUUUCUCACCUAAAAACUCCUUUCUAAAAUGUCCCUCCCUCACCAUCCACGCUUCCUAUCUGUAAACAUUUGUGUUAUGCAUGUGAUCUAUAUUUUCUCAUUGUUGUUUCGUCACGCACUUUCAGAAUAUUCUUGCAGCAACUGAUAUAUAGUUUUCAAACUGUUCAUCAUUUGUGUUUUGUGAUGCAAUUUGCGAAUGGCGGAGAACUGUUUUCGCAUUUACAAAGGUGUGGAACAUUCAGUGAAUCGAGGACACGAUUCUAUGCAGCUGAAAUUGUUUUGGCACUCGGUUAUUUACACAGUUUGGCGAUUGUUUAUCGUGAUAUGAAGGUUAACCAUUUUAUUUGAUCGUAUGGUGAAACACAUCACUUAAAAAUAGUUCGAAAUACUUAUUUAGUAUUAGCACAUCAUUUUUUCCUAUCUUCUACCUCCUUCAACCUUUUAUUUCUUUCACUAUCAAUUGCUCGCCAGAAAUUAUGUAUUUAUUUAUUUUUAGAAAUAGAUUUGUUUGAUGUUGUCCAGUUUUAGUUCAACUUCUUUUUUUUCCACUUGGGUCCUGAAAAGCUUAGAAAUCGGGAGUUUUUGGAGUUCUUGAAUCGGACUAUUUUCAAACGAGGAAAAACAGUUUGUUUUCUGAAAAGGGACAAAUCAAGAUCCGGCCUGAUUCAAAAUUCCACGGAUUCAGUAUUCCUAUCCCAAUUUGUCAGCUUCCACCCAAAAAACCUUUCGUUUUUUCUUUGCUGCCUGCAUAGAAUCAACCCUAGAUUAUCCUACGCUUUCCAUUUUUAUCCAAUAACCAAUUAUUCCAUAGCUUUUGAAACCCUGUUUAAAUAGAAUUUACCCAAGUUAGAGCAUAAAUCUCUACAGGAGCUCAAAUAUUCGUUCCAAACUGACGAUCGAUUGUGCUUUGUAAUGGAAUUCGCCAUCGGCGGUGAUUUGUAUUAUCAUUUGAAUAAAGAAGUUCAAUUGCAUAAAGAGGGAUUCAGCGAAUCUCGCACAAGAUUUUAUGCAUCUGAAAUUGUAUUGGCUCUUGGCUAUUUACAUGCUAACAGUAUUGUUUAUCGAGAUCUCAAGGUUUGAUUAGAAAAAAAUAUAUAUAUGUAGAUAGUUGGUUAGAUAGGAAAAAAGUCAUGUGCUAAUUGAUAUUUGAAAAGUGAUGUGUUUUAUCGAUAUUUUCCGGUAGAAUUUGAAUUAAAGAAACAUAAUAUUUUAAGCUCGAAAAUCUGUUGCUCGACAAAGAUGGUCAUAUUAAAAUCGCCGAUUUCGGUCUCUGCAAAGAGCAAAUCGAUUUCGGCGACAAAACCAGUACAUUUUGCGGAACUCCCGAAUAUCUUGCACCCGAAGUUUUGGAAGACAACGACUAUGGAAGAUGUGUUGAUUGGUGGGGUGUUGGAGUUGUGAUGUAUGAAAUGAUGUGCGGAAGAUUGCCAUUCUAUUCAAAAGAUCAUAAGAAAUUGUUCGAAUUGAUUAUGGCAAGCGAUUUGCGUUUCCCGAGCAAAUUGAGUAAUGAGGCAAAACAAUUGUUGGCUGGGUUAUUGGUCAAGGAUCCAACACAAAGAUUGGGCGGUGGAAGUGAAGACGCUUUGGAGAUUUGUCGAACUGAUUUCUUUAAAAAUGUUGAUUGGGAAGCGGUUUAUCGAAAAGAGGUUACACCACCAUAUAAACCAAAUGUUCAAUCGGAAACUGACACAAGCUAUUUCGAUGCUGUAAGUUAUUUUUAAACUGAAGAAUCGGAAUACAACGGGAAAAAGGUUCUUUUCCAAAAGUUCCCAUGUUUUGAAGUUUAUUCGAUUACGUGUUUCUUUCUAACCCAACCAAUCAUUAUAUUCUUCCAGGAAUUCACAUCUCAACCAGUUCAUUUGACUCCUCCACCAGCCUAUCAUGGUCCACUUGCGACAGUUGAAGAACUCGACGAAAUGCAAUCAAAUUUCACCCACUUUUCAUUCCACAAACAAGACAACAAUAGUAUUCAAGAAAAUAGUGAACCAAUGGAAGCCUAA